AUGGCUAUGAUGAUGUCUGCUCUCAACACCAAGGUUGCUGUGAGGCCGGCGGCGCUCCCCCGCCAGAUGGGCUCCAAGCUCCAGGCCGCCUCCGCCUUCCCCGCUCGCCGCGCCCGCGUCUCCACCGUGAUCAAGGCGGCCAAGCAGCUCUACUUCAACGCCCAGGACGGCACCGCGCUCAAGAAGAUGCAGAAGGGCGUGGACAAGCUCGCGCACGUCGUCGGCGUGACCCUCGGACCCAAGGGCCGCAACGUCGUCCUCGAGUCCAAGUACGGCUCCCCCAAGAUCGUCAACGACGGUGUCACCGUCGCCAAGGAGGUUGACCUCGAGGAUCCCGUCGAGAACGUCGGCGCGCGCCUCGUCCGCCAGGCUGCGCAGAAGACCAACGACCUCGCGGGUGACGGCACCACCACCGCCACCGUGCUCUCCGCGGCGAUGAUCACCGAGGGCAUGAAGAUCGUCAUGGCCGGUACCAACCCCGUGCAGCUCACCCGCGGCAUGGAGACCACCGUCGCCAAGCUCGUCGGUGUCCUCAAGGGCCUCUCCAAGGAGGUUGCCGACGAGGAGCUCGCCAACGUCGCGGCUGUCUCCGCCGGCGGCAACAUGGAGGUGGGCAUGAUGAUCUCCGACGCCAUGGCCAAGGUGGGCCGCAAGGGCGUCAUCACCCUCGAGGAGGCCAAGUCCGUGGACAACAACCUCAUCGUCGUCGAGGGUAUGCAGUUCGACCGCGGCUACAUCUCCCCCUACUUUGUCACCGACUCGGAGCGCAUGACGUGCGACUACGACAACUGCAAGCUCCUCCUCGUCGACAAGAAGAUCAAGUCCGCGCGCGACAUGAUCACCAUCCUCGAGGAGGCGAUCAAGUCCGGCUUCCCCCUCCUCGUCAUCGCCGAGGACAUCGAGCAGGAGGCCCUCGCCACCCUCGUGGUGAACAAGCUCCGCGGCGCGCUGAAGAUUUGCGCGCUCAAGGCUCCCGGCUUUGGCGAGCGCAAGUCCCAGUACCUCGAGGACAUCGCCAUCCUCACCGGCGCCACCGUCGUCAAGGAUGAGCUCGGCCUCUCCCUCGACAAGGUUGGCCCUGAGGUUCUCGGCAACGCCGCGCGCGUUGAGCUCGGCAAGGAGUCCUGCACCAUCGUCGGCGACGGCUCCACCGAGCUCGAGGUUGCCGCGCGCGUGAAGCAGAUCAACCGCCUCUGCGAGGCUGCCGAGGCUGAGUACGAGAAGGAGAAGCUCAACGAGCGUGCGGCCCGCCUCUCCGGCGGUGUUGCCAUCAUCCAGUGCGGCGCCCAGACCGAGACCGAGCUCAAGGAGAAGAAGCUCCGCGUUGAGGAUGCCCUGAACGCCACCAAGGCUGCCGUCGAGGAGGGCAUCGUCAUUGGCGGCGGCUGCACCCUUCUCAAGCUCGCCGCGGCUGUCGACGACAUCAAGAAGGAGCUCCCCAACGACGAGCAGAAGCUCGGCGCCGACAUCAUCCAGCGCGCGCUCAAGUACCCCAUGCGCCUCAUCGCGGCCAACGCGGGUGACAACGGCUCCGUCGUCGUCGAGCGCGUCACCGCCUCCAAGGAUGCCAACUUUGGCUACAACGCCGCCACCGGCGAGUUCCAGGACCUCAUGGUCAACGGCAUCAUCGACCCCACCAAGGUGAUCCGCUGCGCCCUCGAGAACUCCUGCUCCGUCGCCAAGAUCUUCCUCACCUCCGACGUGGUGGUGUGCGAGAUCCCCGAGAAUGAGCCCAUGAUUGCCGGCGGCGCCGGCGCCAUGGACAACUCCGGCUACGGCAUGUAA